UUUCUCAACGGCGCGUUGUUUCUAUAAUCUCAGGUAAUACGGUAUGAGCUAAUCUCGUGUAUGCACAUGCGCCACCUGUGAAACACUCCAACGAUCGUCGUUGUCAUGGACCUACAAGGCUGUAGGCAACCAGCAAUAUUUUGACAAAGAGACUUGCUAUGUAGUCAUGAUCUAGCCCGCAAAGGUAUUUCUGAGCCUUUGCGCAAACAAAAAGGAACGGGCUCCUGACGGAUAAUAAAGAAGGCUUUCUCUCUCUUCUCUUACUAUGUCGCUACCCUUCCCCGUUCGUUGCUACAUGUUGUUUCUGAUGCCAACUCCUUCAUUUGAGCCAUCGUGGAGUAGUAACAUCUCAUCAUCCUGAUUACUUUAGAAAGAUGGGUCUCAACAAUGAGAGCACGCAAAUCGUCGCAGCUGCUUUCAUCGGCACGCCCCUUGCCCUAGCAGCACUUGGGUUGCGUCUUUGGUCACGCCGGCUCCAAAGAGUGUCGCUCGCCUUCAAUGACUACAUCGCAAUCGUGGCGACGGUCUUAGCCAGUGCUACAGUCUCACUUUGUCUCGCACAUGUGUUUAUCGGAGCUACCGGGAAACAUGCCGCCGAAUUUUUAUUUACGAACCCCCGCGUACUCGACCUCUAUAUUAAGUUUGCUAUAGCAGGGGAGGUCUUGUGGGCCGCUGCGAAUACAGCCGUUAAAUUCUCAAUCCUCUCGCUCUAUACAAAGAUUUUCCCCGGCAAGACAUUCCACCGUGUGUGUUAUGCCGCGAUGGCCGUAUCGGUUGCAUUCUUCACCACUGUCUUCCUGGAAGCGUUUCUCUUAUGCGAGCCUGUGCAAUUCAACUGGGACAAGACAAUUCCCAAUGGCAAAUGCCACAAUCAAACCCUUGCCUAUCUUGUCUCUGGAAUCGUCAAUUUAGUGAUAGAUGCAUUCAUCGUGGCCCUACCUCUACCCAAGCUGUACCACCUACAGAUACCACUCGCAAAGCGGUUUGCAAUCGGUGCUAUGUUUGGUCUAGGAGCGGUGAUCUGCAUCCUCUCACUUCUCAGAAUCGUGUCGAUUCCGGCCUGGGAUUUAACCGAUCCCACAUAUACGGGUACAGGUAUCACCGUGUACUCGAUCCUCGAGCCUACGCUCGGCGUGGUGAACGCUUGUCUGCCAACCAUGAGACCUGCGCUCGGGGUCAUAUUCAAGAACGGGCCCUUCAGCUUGGGCCAGUUGACAUUCCACAGUACUCGUCGUAGUUCCAAAGCCUCGAAAACUCGGGACAGCCAUCAAUUUGAGCAGAUUAAAGAUGACAUGGCCUUGCACAAUAUUCAUGUCGCGAGUGACCACCCAAAAGGCGUUCAUCCUCAAGGCAACAAUAUCACUAUUUCGCGCGAGUGGAAUAUCGACCACUCUAGCCCCGACAACAAGUUGUAAAAGUUAACCAAAAUGUGUGUGAAGGUUCUCGAUAAAAUGGUUUUGCUGCACAGGGUGCUGUAUAUGUCACGCGGAAUGUGAUUGGUUGUGGUUCGCGUUUCGGGCAUAUAUGGAAGCAACAGAAUGUGUCACUGCUGGUGUUUCAAUAUGUAUUUAAGCUCCCGGCCAGUCAAAUGGGCUCGUCUCGAUUCGAAACAAUAUACAAAGUCCUAUUUGACUGUUCUCGCAUUAUGCCCGAAAUAUAGGACACGACCCCAUCUCUUGUGUAAAGCCCAGAGUAUCCCUGGAUGCUUACAAAGCUUCAUAACUUCGUAGACUUGAUUAUCACUCAAUCUUUAG